UCAAAGACUGGAAGGCGGGCUUCGCGAACUAGUGCCCGAGUGCCAGAGAAAAGCCCGCUUGGCACAGCCAUGACCCGGCGGGCAGGGGGCUCUCGGCUGCUCCGCAGUCUCCUCCUCUUCGUGUUGUUCACUGCCGGCGUCGCCUCCUUCAAUUGGGAUCUCCCGGAGCCCCGCAGCCGAGCCAGCAAGAUCCGAGUGCACCCCCGGGGCAACCUCUGGGCGACCGGUCACUUCAUGGGCAAGAAGAGUCUGGAGCCCCCAAGUCUGUCGCUGGUGGGGACAGCACCUCCCAACACCCAGAGGGACCAGAGCCUGCAGCUGAGUCAUGAUCUGCUCAGAAUCCUUCUGCUAAAGAAAGCUUUAGGCAUGAACCUCAGUGGCCCAGCUUCCCCAAUUCAGGAGGCUGCUGCAGCCAGUCCUGAAGAAGUGAUGCCAGUAACAGGACAGACACGGCCCCUUGGCUUGGAAUGUGUCCGUCCGGGGAAGCUGCUGAAUGGAACCCCAGCCGUGGCCCCAUCUGGAUGUAAAUCCUAAGCUCAAACGUGUUACUCCAUUACUGAUUUCUGGUUGGGUCACCAGGAAUGUUGAUGAUGCGGACACAGAGUCUUUCCUGCUGUAUUU